CUCCCAGUUGUACCGGGCAGUGCGGGACGCGCCGCGUCGUGGCCUGUGGCUUCCCGAGCUGCGGCGACCAGUGUCCCCCUGGUUCCCAGCUGCCCGCCGAGUGCCUCGGGCCGAAGAAGAGAGAAGACGCAGAGGAGGAAACUCAAGCAUGCUGUUGCUUCUACUGAGCGGCAUUCUGUUUGCUUUUCUGUUUGUCUUCUGGAAAAGCCGCUUUCAGAGCAGCGUUGGUGAAAUGUCAUCAAAUUCGACUUCUCUUGCACUAGUAAGACCAACCUCUUCUACUGGGUCAACUAAGAGCAAUACUGAUAAGAGUCUUUCAGUCAACAGCCUCUCUCGGGAAAUCUUAAUUAAUUUCCCACACACGAUAGCCAUGCAGAAGCAAAUAUUGGUAAACCUCAGGAUCGUGGAAUACAAGCUGGCUGAAUUGGAACUUUUUCUAGUUUUCAAGGAUUUAAAUGGUGCAUUAGUUAACUGGAAAUCUACUGACAGAGAUUAGAGAAUGUAAUGACAGUGGAGGCAAUCAUUAAAGGCACUUUGAGUGAA